AACGGAAGUUCUCUUUGCGCGGCAACUCCGAACUUCCGCCCUCCCGUUUCCGGUGUGGAGUGAGGAGCUGAGUUUUGUCCGUGACGCGAUCGGUGGUGGUCGAGUUUACGCACUCUCGCCUGGUGUGACCUCUUGCCAGAGUCUGUUUGACUGACGAGUGAUUAUGCCUAAUAUCAAAAAGUCGACAGGAAAAAGAGGCCCAAGAAAACGGAAACUUGCAGAAGAAUUUCCUCCUGGAGAAGUUUUUACUGACCUUUUAAAGAAAAAGUGGAAGCUUGGUCCAGUUAUAGGCAAAGGUGGUUUUGGCUGUCUGUACCUUGCUGAUGUUAAUUCAUCUGAAUCAGUUACCAGUGAUGCGCCCUAUGUUAUAAAAGUGGAGCCCAGUGACAAUGGACCACUCUUUACUGAGUUAAAUUUCUACAUGCGAGCUGCUAAACCAGAACUAAUUAAAAAAUGGAUUUCCUCUUACAAACUGAAAUAUUUAGGCGUACCAAAAUAUUGGGGUUCUGGUUUGCAUCAAAAGAAUGGCAAAAGUUAUAGAUUCAUGGUGAUGGACAGAUUAGGGAAAGAUCUUCAGAAGAUAUUUGAAGAACAAGGAAAGCAGUUUUCACACAAAACAGUGUUACAGUUGGGACUGAGAAUACUGGAUGUUUUGGAAUAUAUUCAUGAACAUGAAUAUGUGCAUGGAGACAUCAAGGCCUCAAAUCUUCUCCUGGGCCACAAGAUUCCAAAUCAGGUAUACUUGGUAGAUUAUGGCCUUGCUUUUCGAUACUCUCCAGAAGGCAAUCACAAGGAUUACAAAGAAAACCCCAAACGAUGUCAUGAUGGAACUCUUGAAUUUACUAGUAUUGAUGCACACAAGGGAGUGGCUCCCUCACGACGUGGUGACUUGGAAAUUUUGGGUUAUUGUAUGAUCUGCUGGCUUAGCGGUAGUCUGCCUUGGGAUGAUAAUCUGAAAAAUCCAGAUUAUGUCAAAGAGUCAAAAAUUAGGUAUACAGAUAACAUUUCAGAAUUCAUGAUGAAGUGUUUCACUAAAGAAAAUAAACCAGUUGAAAUAGCCAGGUAUAUGGAAAAAGUGAUGACUCUGUCCUACAUUGAAAAACCACCAUACCACGAGUUACGACAAAUAUUUCUUAAAGGUCUGCAAGACAUUGGUCACAAAGAUGAUGGCAUACUGGAUUUUGAAGUUUCAUUGAAUGGUGAUGUUCCGGCAAAGCCUAAGACAAAAAGAAAAUUAGUUGCUGCAUCAGGGACAGCUACUGCUGAUGAGGACAAUGCCGAAAUAGCUGUUGACGGUGUGAAAAAUACCAAAAGAAGAAAACCUGCAUCACCGAGAAGUGCUGACUCCCCACGACCAAUUCAUCACAGCAGGUUGCAGCCAGAGGCUAGCAGCAGCAGUAGCAGCAGCAGCAGCAGCAGCAGCAGUCAUUUGCAACAGUGAGUGCAGUUACUUUAAGAAAAGGGAGUUAUGCAGAUAGGCUAUAAAAUCUUGGUAGUAUUUUGGCAUAAUCCAUAGUUUAUGACCAGCAGAUGCACAUCAGCAGGACGACUGAAGGGAAGGCUUGCCAGUUCUCUUAGCAGGAAAUGCCAGGAAUUAGCUUGGACCUCACACGUUCACUGCCUGUGAGUUAUAGCCCGUCUCUAAAAGGCACUGUGGCAGAUGGUAUCAUUUCCAAGUUAGGACUGUGCAAAGCAUCAAAGGAUUGCUUCACUUCGAAAGAAACCUCAAUCAAGGCACACUUUUGAGGCAGUUCUGUGAAAUGUAGUGGCACCUGGUAUACAUCAAAACAAAUACUUCAAAGGCCUGCAACAGUUUUCAUGCCCAGAAGACACUUGGAUUGGCGGUUCCAGCCCACGUCAAUGUUUCUAUUAAAAAUGUUGAAGCAGAGUACCCUGCUUUCUUGAGUUAAAGCUUGUCUUGACUUAUAUUCCUUCUUUGAUCUGACUGUGUUGACUCCACAAAAUGAAGCUGUAUUGCUUUGGACAGCAAAAAUUACUUGCAUUCUUAUUUUUAUUUGUUUAAAACAUUUAUAGCCAACCUAUUAUUCAGAGCUUCUUGUGGUAAGUUACAAUCUAUAACAGAGCAAGGAAAAAUAGUACACCGAGUUAAAUAACUACAGCCACGUUAAGACACAGUCACAACAAUCGAGACAAAGAUACAGCUAAAGGUCAGAAGGCAUAAAUAGGCUGUGUCAGUAACGCCAACUCAUAAUGAAAGACAGAAAAUGUCAGCACAAGGGGAAGGGCAUUACAUACCUGCAGCCACAUAUUACUAUGGCUCAACAAGGUCUUAACAUUUGAGCACUAGAUAUUGGGAAAUACGCUCUUUCAAGUAUCAGUAGUUGACACUUAAAGCAGCGGUCCCCAACCUUUCUGCCUUUGUGGACCGCCGGCACCGUUGGGGAGAGAGGGGAUGGUUCUGUGUGAGCACGUGUGCCCGCCACUUGCACAGGUGGAGCUGCAUGCACUCGCCUACCGCUUGUGCGAUUUAGUUCUGAACAGGAUGCAGCCCACUACCAGAUCAGAGGCAUGACUUAAAGGCCUUAAAUAUCAUUUCAAGUGGUCCUCACUUAAUAACUAUUUGUUCAACAGCCAUUUGGAGUUAGUAUUGUGAUUCCUCGCCAGCCAGUGGACCUGGCAGCUGGAGGAGGAGGGGCCUGGAGUGACAUCAGAGUCAGAGGAAAGCUUUGAGGAGCUCCAAGACUUACAGUCUGACAAAGAGCC